UCGCUGCUCGGUGCGCGGCGGCGGAGAGCGAGGCCUGGUGAGCACCGCCGCGGCGCCGGCCGGCUCUCCGAGGUUGUGCGCAGAGGAGCUACAGCGGACGGGCGGGCGAGCGGCUCACCUCAGCAGUGGCACCGGGAUCGGUUGCCCUCAGCCUGAAAUCAUGACCACCCCAGGAAAAGAGAACUUUCGCCUGAAAAGUUACAAGAACAAGUCCUUGAAUCCUGAUGAGAUGCGUAGAAGAAGGGAGGAAGAAGGACUUCAGUUGCGCAAGCAGAAAAGAGAAGAGCAGUUAUUCAAGCGCAGAAAUGUUGCUACAGCAGAAGAAGAAACAGAAGAAGUUAUGUCAGAUGGAGGCUUCCAUGAGGCCCAGAUUAAUAACAUGGAAAUGGCACCAGGUGGUGUCAUUACCUCUGAUAUGAUUGAAAUGAUAUUUUCCAAUAGCCCAGAGCAACAGCUUUCAGCAACACAGAAAUUCAGGAAACUGCUUUCAAAAGAACCUAAUCCCCCUAUCGAUGAAGUGAUCAGCACACCAGGAGUAGUGGCCAGAUUUGUGGAGUUCCUCAAACGAAAAGAGAAUUGUACACUGCAGUUUGAAUCAGCUUGGGUACUGACAAAUAUUGCUUCAGGGAAUUCCCUUCAGACCCGGAUUGUGAUUCAGGCUGGAGCUGUGCCCAUCUUCAUAGAGUUGCUCAGCUCGGAGUUUGAAGAUGUCCAGGAGCAGGCAGUCUGGGCUCUUGGCAACAUUGCUGGAGACAGCACCAUGUGCAGGGACUAUGUCUUGGACUGCAAUAUCCUUCCCCCUCUGUUGCAGUUAUUUUCAAAGCAAAACCGCUUAACCAUGACGCGGAAUGCAGUAUGGGCUUUGUCUAACCUCUGUAGAGGGAAGAGUCCACCUCCAGAGUUUGCGAAGGUGUCCCCCUGUCUGAAUGUGCUCUCCUGGUUGCUGUUUGUCAGUGACACUGAUGUACUGGCUGAUGCCUGCUGGGCCCUCUCAUACCUGUCAGAUGGACCCAACGAUAAAAUUCAAGCAGUCAUUGAUGCAGGAGUAUGUAGGAGACUCGUGGAGCUGCUGAUGCAUAAUGAUUAUAAAGUGGUCUCCCCUGCGUUGCGGGCUGUGGGAAACAUUGUCACGGGGGAUGACGUUCAGACACAGGUAAUUUUGAAUUGCUCAGCUCUGCAAAGUUUAUUACAUUUGCUGAGUAGCCCAAAGGAAUCCAUCAAAAAAGAAGCCUGUUGGACAAUAUCUAAUAUCACAGCUGGAAAUAGGGCACAGAUCCAGACUGUAAUAGAUGCCAACAUUUUCCCAGCCCUCAUUAGUAUAUUACAGACUGCUGAGUUUCGGACAAGGAAAGAAGCCGCCUGGGCUAUCACAAAUGCGACCUCUGGAGGAUCAGCUGAACAAAUCAAGUACCUUGUAGAACUAGGUUGUAUCAAGCCACUCUGUGAUCUCCUCACCGUCAUGGACUCUAAGAUUGUACAGGUUGCCCUAAACGGCUUGGAAAAUAUCCUGAGGCUUGGAGAACAAGAAGCCAAAAGGAACGGCACUGGCAUUAACCCUUACUGUGCUUUGAUUGAAGAAGCUUAUGGUCUAGAUAAAAUUGAGUUCUUACAGAGUCAUGAAAACCAGGAGAUCUACCAGAAGGCCUUUGAUCUCAUUGAGCAUUACUUCGGGACCGAAGAUGAGGACAGCAGCAUUGCACCCCAGGUUGACCUUAGCCAGCAGCAGUACAUCUUCCAGCAGUGUGAGGCUCCUAUGGAAGGUUUUCAGCUUUGAAGCAAUACUCUGCUUUCAUGUUCCUGUGUCAGACCAGGCUACCCAGUCGAGUCCUCUUGUGGAGCCCACAGUCCUCAUGGAGCUAACUUCUCAAAUGUUUUCCAUAAUACUGUUUGCGCUCAUUUGCUUGCCUUGCGCACCUGCUCUCUUACACACAUCUGGAAAACCUCUGGCUCUCUGUGGUGGAAUACCCUUCUAAUAAAAGGGUAACCAGGAUGGCCCACUCUCUAUGGAAAAUCCCUAGGCUUUGGAGAUCUGCAUUUAUAUAUUUUAAGAGUCCUGGGACUAUACACUUAUAUUAAUGUGGCUCCCUUUUUUGUGGGGGAAAAGAGAGGACUCCUCAUUCCCUUUAAAGUGGGAAAAAAUACUGACAAUAAAAGAUGAGACUAAACCUUUA